ACAACAUCCGGGCGCUUGGCCUUGUUUCAAGAUAACAGCCUUUCUAGUUGCCUAUUUUAUUUCUACCAUCAAAAAGAAAAGAAAAACUCCACCUUCUUCACAAUUUAUCGAAACGUCAUCUAAAGUGUACCAAAACAGGUAACUACAUAUAGUAAACGAACAGAUCUGGAGAGAUUUGUUUUUAAAGAGGGUGCUCAUCGAGUUGACCCUGAGAGCUGGAAUGACAGAGAGGAAAGACAGACACCAGAACUCGUCUUAGCUGCUGUUGAGAAAUUUACAAAAAGUAUAGAAGCUAAAUAGGCAUAACAGUAAAUUCCCACACAAACAAUUAUAUUUAUUUAGGUUAGCCCUUAUUACUUUUUAUAUAACAAUGUCAUGCUGGGGAACCUUUAUACGGAGACAAUACCAGUUCUCCUCGCUGCUAAAACUGCAUCAACUCAACAUCCAACCAAUGUGUUAUCGGAGAGGAUUCCAUAAAACGACUGCUGUCAAGACAUUCGAUGUGAGAAAAGUGGAGUUAACGCCACUGGAGCAGAGAAAACUCACGUUUGACUCCCAUGCGCUCGUGAAAGAGCUGGAAGCCAGCGGCUUUGAGAAAAAGCAGGCAGAUGUGAUCGUCACAGCACUGGUGACUCUUACUACAGCCAAUAUAGACAUUGUAUACAGAGAUAUGGUCACUGGAGCACAUCAGGAAAUAGCUCUACAGCAAAUCAUGGCUCAUCUAGACGCUAUCAGGAAAGACAUGGUUAUCCUGGAGAAAAGUGAAUUUGCCAAUUUACGCUCCGAAAAUGCUAAAAUGAAAACAGAGUUGGAGCAAAUAAAGAACAGACUACUGGAAGAAAGUCAAAAAAUUAGAGCAGAUGCAAAGUUAGACAUUAAUUUGGAGCGAAGUAGAAUUACAGACAUGUUUACAGAACAGGAGAAGAAACUUAUGGAAGUCAGAACAGAGUUCCAAAAAAUGAAUGCUGAUAUAGAAAGUGAAGCUGUGGAAACUUCAAAGAAAAUAGACAUACAAGUAGCCUCUUUGAAAACCCUCCUGGAAUCACUCAAGCUAGAGACGAUUAAAUAUCUUGCAGCAUGUAUCUUCACCUGCCUGGCAAUUGCCUUGGGAUUCUAUCGCUUUUGGAAAUGAAUCUCACAAAACAGGAGAGAAGUUAUGUCUGGACUUUUUAUCUUAAACAUUGUGCCUUUUGUUUUAAUCACCUGAUGUACAUGUAUUUUAUUAUGUUUUUACAUUUCAGUAGAAGUUUUUUUUUUACGUAACAAAUGUGUUGUUUAAGUUUCUUUAAGAUUAGAGGUGCCCAAACUCAACUAAAAAAGUCCAAAAAUUUAACUUUUUUGAAGUUGGUAUGACAAAAAGAAAACGUUGCAUUAUGUCCAAAUAUAUAAUAUUAAAAUAUAAUGAUCUAUGUUCUCUAGAUUUAAAUGCAAUCAAUGUAUUAAGGUUAAAACAAAAAGAUUAAAAUUGAAAAGGGCUAUAUUUGGGCAUCUCUGCUUCAGUAUGACAUAAAUUCCAACAAUUGUUUUGUUUAUAUAUUAUAUAUAUAUAGCCAAUAAAUGCACAAACGUUUGGCCAUAUUUUUCUUUUUUACAUCAACAUGUAUAUCUAACAUUAUUCUCUUUGAUGCAAGUACAUAAUAAAAAAAUAAUAAAAAUAAUUUCAAUGAAAA